AUGGCCACGGCGGCGGCGGCGGCGGCCCGCGGGGCUGGGGCGAGGGCGGCAGCAGCGGCCUUGCGGGGUGGCUGCGGGGCUGCGGCGCGCGGGCGGCCGCGUGCGGGCACCACCCGGCCCCUGUGCACUGCCCCCGGGGCCGCCUCGGACAUGAAGAGCUACCUGUGGGAGCGCUACCGGGAGGCGAAGCGGAGCACGGAGGAACUGGUUCCCUCAAUUAUGAGCAACUUGUUGAAUCCAGACGCCAUUUUCUCCAACAAUGAGAUGAGCCUGUCGGAUAUCGAAAUCUACGGCUUUGAUUAUGAUUACACCUUGGUGUUUUACUCGAAACACCUCCACACGCUGAUAUUUAAUGCUGCCCGGGACCUCCUCAUCAAUGAACACCGGUACCCCGCGGAGAUCCGGAAGUACGAGUACGACCCCGACUUCGCCAUCCGCGGGCUGCACUACGACGUCCAGCGGGCGAUCCUGAUGAAGAUCGAUGCUUUUCAUUACAUUCAGCUGGGGACUGUCUAUAGAGGCCUCAGUGUGGUCCCUGAUGAAGAAGUCAUUGAAAUGUACGAGGGGUCGCACGUGCCCUUGGAGCAGAUGAGUGACUUCUAUGGGAAGAGCUCGCACGGGAACACCAUGAAGCAGUUCAUGGACAUCUUCUCCCUGCCCGAGAUGACGCUCCUGUCGUGUGUGAACGAGCACUUCCUGAAGAACAACAUCGACUACGAGCCCGUCCACCUGUACAAAGACGUCAAGGACUCCAUCCGGGACGUGCACACCAAAGGGAUCAUGUACAGGGCCAUCGAAGCGGAUAUCGAAAAGUACAUCUGCUAUGCCGAGCAGACCCGCGCGGUGCUGGCCAAGCUGGCUGACCACGGCAAGAAGAUGUUCCUCAUCACCAACAGCCCCAGCAGCUUCGUGGACAAGGGCAUGCGGUACAUCGUGGGGAAGGACUGGAGGGACCUGUUUGAUGUGGUCAUAGUGCAGGCCGAGAAGCCCAACUUCUUCAAUGAUAAGCGGAGACCUUUCCGGAAGGUGAACGAGAAAGGCGUCUUACUGUGGGACAAGAUCCACAAGCUGCAGAAGGGCCAGAUCUACAAGCAGGGCAAUUUGUAUGAAUUCCUGAAGCUUACUGGCUGGAGAGGAUCCAGAGUGUUGUAUUUUGGAGAUCAUAUAUACAGUGAUUUGGCGGAUCUGACCCUGAAGCACGGCUGGCGGACCGGCGCCAUCAUCCCAGAGUUGAGAUCCGAGCUCAAGAUCAUGAACACCGAGCAGUACGUGCAGACCAUGACCUGGCUGCAGACCCUGACCGGCCUACUGGAGCAGAUGCAGGUGCACAGGGACGAGGAGUCGCGGCUGGUUCUGCAGGAGUGGAAGAAGGAGCGGAAAGAGAUGAGAGAAAUGACCAAGAAUUUCUUCAACGCGCAGUUUGGAAGCCUGUUCCGCACCGACCAGAACCCCACCUACUUCCUGCGGCGCCUGUCGCGGUUUGCCGACAUCUACAUGGCGUCCCUGAGCUGCCUCUUGAACUACGACGUCAGCCACACGUUCUACCCGCGGCGGACUCCGCUGCAGCACGAGCUGCCCGCCUGGUCCGACCUGCCAGCCGCCUGCAGGGCCCCGCUCCUGCACGAGGCCCAGGCCAAGUAACCACGCGCCCGCCCUGGGAAGAGCUGGAAGCAGCGUGGGCCCAGGCUGGGCGGGCGUGGCUGGACUGGUCUUGCCUGAGUCUGAGCGUUGCUUCCUGGAAAGAGGAGUAUGGCUUUUGACCUUGACUUCGUACCUUCCGGACUACCCUCUCCUGGUCUCGCAGGUCCCGCCUUCCUGCACUCCUGGGGUGGAGACUCUGGCCCCGCCUCCUUCGUUGACGGGGUGUGGGGGUGUGGGGGUGUGGGAAUGGCCAUCGGGCACCCCGUGCACCCGUGAACACAGCAGGGGGAGUGCGGACAUUGGUCAUGACCCUCCUGGAACCCUCCUGCGUGUUUGCAGGCGGUGCGGCGGGGCCCAGAGACAGCGCUGUGCGCAGACAGCCAAGGAGCCAUGCCCGCCGCCCUGCGCCACGGACGGCAGCCAGUUCCCACACCCACUGGCCCUAAGGUGUUGCUGCCCUGGUGUGUGGGGUCAGAGAGAACUCAGUGUCUCUGGAAGGACUUAACGUGAGAAAGAACUGGCACUCCUUGUCCUCAGCCGGCGCCUCCUGUGCAGGGACCGGACAGUGGUGCUGGACGUUGGGGGGGGGGGGGGGAGCAGCUGAGAGCCGUGGCAGAUCACUCUCGUCUCGCAGUCGGGGAACAGUUCUCUGUGAAACAAGGCUGCAAGGAGUGAGCGGGUGACAAGAGCCUGCACCCCCAUGAGAGGCCCCCCGGGGCGGGUCUCACCCGCACAGCCCAGCCGCAUGCCGGUCACCCACAGUCUGCGAAGCUGCCACUUUCUGCCUUGCUCCUGCCAAGUGUGUGAGGCUCUGGGAGCUGGGCUGGGUUUCCCUUGGCGGGAGAAGGUGCAGGACGUUGAAGCCAGUGGCUAGACCUGCUGUGGCGGACUGAGCGGUCCUUAUUGCUCAUGCACGUGGCAUCUGUGUGUGUGUGUGUGUGUGUUUUAAGGGAAGAGUCCUUUAUUGUGUCAGUAUCCUUCCACCUAGUUCCUGGGUCUCAGCGAGCUGUGGGAGUGUGUGCUGUUGUCACGGUGCUGUGGACAGGGUUGUAAUCGCAUCUGCUGGUUCGCACUUGUGUCCAGAGGAGCCUCGUCUAGAGCUGCUAGAGCCCAUUUCAAGCUUUUGCUGUAAUGUACGUGCUUUGGAGAGUGGCAGGGACCGAAGGAGGCUUGCGGAGAGUGUUUGCUUGUGGAGCCUUUGUGUUGUAACAAGCGCGUGGACCACAGGCCAGCGUGGCGGUCCCCAGGCUGCGCGCCAAGACUGGAGAGUCAGAGCAGCACAGCGGCAUUGCUGCGGCGCCCCUGGUUAACUGAGCUCCCCACGUGGCAUCUUGUGUAUUUCCCUGUAAGGAUGUAGGCGACCCUUUAGGCCCAGUUAGGUUCCUGCUUUUCUUGUGUUCCUAUGAAGCAGUACGGUGCAGCCGCCCAUUCGGUUUUUGGGACAGAGGAGGCGCUUUGUGUGUGGCUUGUUUGCUGCUGGGUGUUCCAGCCAUCGGAGUGUGUCAGGGGCUGGCAUUUCACACGUGGGGUGACACCCAUCACCGCGCAGUGUCAUGGCCCUAAGGUGCUCUUGGUGUGUCGUCUCUGCUUUGGAGAAGUGGGUAGUAUGUAGGUAUUGUUUAGAAAAUAGCUCCGAGUUUGCAUCUGAUCAGGUGUUCCUGUGGCGUCUGCCACGUGACGGUUGCCCGGUGUUCUGUUUACUCAAGAAUGAAGUGGAACUGGCUUGAAAACCUGCUUUCUGGUUUGGUGAUCUCGGCCUUGAGGAAGAAGACUUUUCCGGGUGUGAAUAAUGGCUUUUCCAGUGUACUCCCCUUUAGGAGCGCUUCAGUCUCUGGGCCACUCAGCUUGGCAGAACCUGAGAGCUGCCAGGUAGCAGGGGCCUGGCGUCUCCCCCCCACCCCCCCCCACCCCAUGGGGUGACAGUGCAGGGCCCAGCACAGCCGUCUGCCCGGUGAGGGCAGUGGCACCCCCAUGUCGUUGCUUGUUGUGGUCUGUGUGCAGUUGAAGACAUUUUCGUUUGCUGCUGUCAGGGCUCUCAGCUGGGACGUGUGCCACCACACUGGCCACUUGGUUCUUUCCGGGUGGUUUGUCGGUGUGCACAUGGAUGGAAGAGUGUUGGGAUAACAGCGUGAGUCUGUUUUCUACCAUUUAAAAAAACCAGUUUGUAAAAGCAAACAAUGCAAUUAGUUUGAACUUUUAAAACUUUAGUGUUUCUAACGUUGUUUAGACUGAUUUUAUAAGAAUUGCAUGAACACGAAUUGAGACUUUGCAGGCGGUACACACCAGCCACGAGCAGCCGCCAGUGUCUGACUCCCUUUGGAAGGGAGUUGCAGAACUAAUUUUCUCCAGAGUUCCUUUUAUGAUGAAACCUGAUUUUUAAAAUAUUUUAAGUGUUUAGGCUUAGAGCUCCUACUUUUCCUCCUAACAUCUCUCUCUCCCUCUCUCAAAUUUCUAUCUUUAUUAGUUCCAUGUGGCAUGUAACAUGUGCUACUGAUUUGUGCAGAUCUCUCAGACUAAAUUGUUAGUUGCCUUGUAUUCAUUGGCCCUCUUAAUUGUUUUAUUUAAAGAUUUUGCAUAUUUGUUUUAGAGGCAGAGUUACAGCCAGAGUUCUUCCACCCUCUGGUUCAUUCCCCAGAUAGCUGCAAUUGUCAGAACUGGGCUGAUCCAAAGCGAGGAGCCAGGAGCUUCUUCUGUGUCUCCCACGUGGGUGCAGGGGCUCAUGUACUUGGGCCAUCUUACACUGCCUUCCCAGGCCAUAGUAGAGAGCUGGAUCAGAAGAGGAGCUGCUGGGACUCAAACCUGCCACUCAGACAAAGGCUUAGCCCACUGUGCCACAGCGCCGGCCCCUGGCCCUCUUAAUUAUUGCAAAGGAGAAACAAAAAGCCAUCUUGCCUCCUACCUGAUUUAGCUUUGGGUGAACUAAAUGGCCUUUCCUCUCCCCUCCUCUUAAAAGGCCUGUUAAGCAGUGGUGAGGGUGCUAAAUAUUAGAACUGAACUCCACUCUGCCGAACACUCAUUGGCGGACAAAGACCCACUUGGGGCCCCUGUCCAGCAGGCUCCCGGACUGAAGCCGCACAGAUGUGGGGUCCUGUGACUGCUGUAGUCAGCUGCUAGAGAACGUGUGUUUUGUCCUCUUGCUAUUGAUUUCAUUUUGUACCUUUUUUUUUUGCCUUUGCAUUUGGGAGCUUAGGUCAAAGUUCAGCUGAGCUUUGACAUCACCAGUGGGUUAGGGAAAGGAGCAAAGUUCCUGCAAUGCGGUUCUCCCUCUAAGGGGCCACUUAGGAAGCCACAUGGGCCGUUGGCUGUUGCUGCUGCUCUAGGAGUGGCAUGGCUGUGCUCCAUCCCAGCGUGAUUGAUGGUGACAGCCCACGGGCUGCACUUGAUCUUGGGCUGCACUUCACCAGCCCCUGCCCUGCUGAGCUGUGCUGGUGGCACUGUCAAGAUUGCCUCGGUGACAGCAUGCAGGAGAGUGACCUCGUAGCUGGGAUGCAGGUAGUAGGAAGAAGUGCAUUAGGUAAGUGCGCCAUGUUCCCUUAGAGCCACUUUCUGGGCGUGUUUUCCCGGUGUGGCCAGCGGUGGCAUCCGGUGUCGCCGGCUCGUGUCCUCCUCUCUUUGUUGUGUGUGCUUGAGCCGCCGAGCUCCCGUUUGCACCAGUGGAUUAUACCUCCCGCCAUCUGCAGUUGUGUCCUGUGAUCAUGCUGGUUUGGGGAGCUCCUGGGAGGGCUGCUGGCUGGCCACUCACAGCCAGUGGCCUCUUUGGGAGCUUCCCCUGCAGAAGAGCCCUGACUGCUCCUUGGGGGGCAUCAAAGGCCUGGCCCCCCACCCUGCUCAGGACAAGCCUGGAGAGCUCUCGGGGCUCCAGCGCUCCCUGUGGGGUCCACUUGCAGCCCAGUGCCUCUGCCUCUCGGUCCUGCUUCCUUGCUUUCCCUCCCCUUGCCGGGAGGUGAUCCGAGCAGCGCUCCUGGGCAAGCCUUCGAGCACAGCUGCUCUGUCUCACAGGCUGCUCCCGGGGAACCUGGCCUGCGACACCUCCCUAGCAGGGCAGGCAUGGGCUCUGACUUGGGAGACUUGCCUGAUUGUCCUGUGGGGUGAUGGACUGUGCCUGUAUGGCAUCAAGUACGACACAUGCAAGCUAGGUAGAUGAACUAUUUAUUCUGAAUGUGAAUUUGCUAUUUAUUCUGAAUGUUUGUUUUUGUGUGUUAAGUGAUACUGAACUUAAUGCCAAUAAAAGUUUGCACUGCGUG